AUGAGUAGCUGGAGAAAUGAAUUUGAAUCAGAAUUUGAGCAGAUUGAGAACGAAGCCACUGAGCUCGCUGAGAAAUGUGAUAUCCGUACGGAGUAUAAGCAACACAGGCUAUACAAACGGAAAAUAUUCCAUGACGAACGAGCAGAGGAUACUCAGAUAUCUGACUCUAGGAAAAAAUUCAUUGUUCAAACUUAUUUAGUGUCACUUGACUCUGUCAUAACUAGUACAAACACAAGGUUUCAAAAUUUUAAAGAUGUGUCUUCCAAGUUUUGUUGCUUAGACCCAAAACAUUUAGCAUUAGAUGACAGUUUAAUACAGUUGGAGCAAUUAGCAGUGACGUACUCGGAUGUUGUUGACAGUGUUUUUAGUGUAAGCAGUGUAAACAAGGGAGUUUCAACUGAAAAAGAACCUCUAGAAAUAGCGGUGACAGUAAACAGCAUUCUGAAAUUCAUGAUAGCUAAUGACUUGUGUUCCAUGUAUCCAAACCUGGCCACUUUGUAUCGUAUAUUUCUGACUUUACCAAUAAGCAGUGCCGGAGUAGAAAGAUCCUUCAGCCGUCUUAAACUCCUGAAAACAUACAUCCGUUCUACUAUGAACGAAGACAGGUUGUCCAGCUUAGCCCUGAUUACAAUUGAACGACAAUUAGCUUCUGAUGUUGAUUUAAAAGACGUAAUUGAUCAUUUUGCUAAAAUGAAACCUCGACGAAAAAGGAUGUUGUAG